CCCGCCCCCAUUCCUGCCUCAUUCCAGCCUCCUGCCCGGCUCCCGACCUCAUUCCAGCCUCUUCGCAGCUCCUUCCCUGCUUCCCGACCCCGUUCCAGCCUCCUCGGAGCCCCUUUGCCGGCUCCCGGCUUCGUUCCAGCUUUCUUCCAAUUGCUUUUCCCGCAUCCCGAUCUCCUUCCACAACCUCCCUUUCCCAUCUUCCAAACUCCUUCCAGCCUCCUUCCUGCAUCCCGACCUCAUUCCAACUUCUUUCCCUGCAUCCCGAUCUCAUUCCAACCCCCUUGUAGCCCCUCUCUCAUCUUCCAAACUUCCAGUCUCCUUCCUGCAUCCCGACCUCACUCCAACCCCCUCGUAGCCCCUUUCCCAUCUUCCAAACUUCCAGCCUCCUUUCCUGUAUCCCGAUCUCAUUCCAACUUCUUUCCCUGCAUCCCGACCUCAUUCCAACCCCCUUGCAGCCCCUUUCCCAUCUUCCAAUCUCCUUCCAGCCUCUUCUUUCCCUGCAUCCCGACCUCAUUCCAACCCCCUCGCAGCCCCUCUCCCAUCUCCCACCCUCCUUCCCCAUCUCCCUCCCGGCCUCCUCGCCCGUUCCCAACCCCAUUCCCGUUCCCCCCCCCCGCUGUCUCCAUGUCGGUCUCCACGCCCCGCUCCUUCAGCUCCCGUUCGUGCUGCGGGAUCGGCUCGGUCUCGGUGAACCGGAGCCUGCUGCGGCCGCUGGAGCUGGGGCUGGAGCCAGGGCUGAGGGAGCUGCGGAGCCAGGAGCAGGAGCAGAUCAAGAACCUCAACAACAAAUUCGCCUCCUUCAUCGAUAAGGUGCGGCUCCUGGAGCAGCAGAACGAGCUCCUCCGGACCAAGUGGGCGCUGCUGCAGGAGCAGGGCCGGGCACAGGGACCCCGCGGGCCGGGCCCGGCCGCGCUGUUCCAGCGCCACCGCAGCGCCCUCCAGCGGCAGCUGCAGGCACUGCACGAGGAGCGGCAGCGCCUGGAGGCGGAGCUGGGCAGCGCCCAGGGGCGGCUGCGGGACUGCGAGAGCCGGUAUGAAGAGGAGAUCAACCUCCGCACCGAGAAGGAAAAUGAGUUUGUCCUGCUCAAGAAGGACGUGGAUGAAGCCUACAUGAGCAAGGUGGAGCUGGAGGCUCGGCUCGAGAGCCUGACGGACGAGAUCAACUUCCUGAGGCAGCUCUAUGAGGAGGAGCUGCGGCAGCUGCAGCGCCAGGCCUCGGACACGUCUGUGGUGCUCUCCAUGGACAACAGCCGCAGCCCGGACCUGGCUGCGGUGCUGGCACAGCUCAAGGCUCACUAUGAGGACAUCGCUGCCCGCGGCCGUGCCGAGGCCGAGGCUCGAUGCCAGGGCAGGUACGAGGAGCUGCGGACAGCGGCCGGGCAGCGCGGGGCCGACCUGCUCAGCACCCAGAGCCACAUCCAGGAGCUGAGCCGGCUCAUCCAGCGCAGCCAGGCUGAGCUCGAGGCCCUGCGGAACCAGCGAUCCAACCUGGAUUCGGCCAUCGCCGAGGCUGAGGAACGUGGGGAGCUGGCCCUCAAGGAUGCCAGGGCCAAGCUGGAGGAGCUGGAGGCAGCUCUGCAGAAGGCCAAGCAGGACAUGGCCAGGCAGCUCCGUGAGUACCAGGAGCUCAUGAACGUCAAGCUGGCCCUGGACAUUGAGAUCGCGACCUACAGGAAGCUGCUGGAGGGAGAGGAGAGCAGGUGAGGGCCCAGGGACCCA